UCCCGUGCCCCCACCCCCUCUCUGUCUUCUCUACCCUGGGAGCAGGUAAGGCCUUGAGGCCUCGCGUCCUCUUCGUGCCGCGCAGGCGCGCGCAGCAGUACCCCUUGCGAGGACGCGUGGCCGCCCUGACCUUGCUAGCUCCCACCCGGGGCCUCGCACCCUCGCGGCUGCUGGCAUCCCCGCGCGGAGAGCUGCCCCUUCCUCGUGUCUAUGACCUCUAACCGCGCGGGCCUGGCGCCAUCUUGGGUGUCUCACGGGGGUUGGGGGUUCUGCGGCCGGCGAAAGCCAAAUGCUGGCAUGCGUGUUCUCUCGGGACGCGAACCAAGGCUUUAAGGAUAAUGCUGUUUGCUCACCCUCACGCCUUUCACCAUUGUUAUAACCCCAGAUUACCCCCUCCUGUCUUUGUUUCCUCCUGUCAGCCUGAAUCAAAGUAGACUUUAGUUUUUGUACCUUGCAGACUUUGAACCGCAGGGCCUCUGGCGCUCAGAGCAGUCAAGCCACCAUCUCCCCUAGUCAGCAUCCUGCAGUUCGAAAUAAACUGAAUGUGGCGUAGGGUAACAGAACAGGCUAGCUGCCUGUGCACCGGUGGCUUGAAACCAGGGCAGAAGUGGGACCUGUUGCUUUAGAAACUGUGGUUGUAGUGAGUGCCUGCCUUUAAUGAAAGCCCUGACAUGCUAAUGAAGUUGGAAAUAAAAUCUUAAAUGGCGGGCUAGAAAUGGAGGGUUCUGAUAGGCAGCAAGCCCGGAGGGUGGGAGCAGUUCAAGUUUUAAAAUGUAUACCUGCCAGCCAGAGGGAAGGUUUAAGGAACGGAAUAAAAUGGAGAGAUGACCACUUAGGAAUUAAAAGAUAUAACCUUAAAACUUGUUUUUGGAAAAACGUCUAUUUUGGCCCCUUGAAGGCCAACUCUAUAAAUAACCCUUGUUUACCCCAAACUUGUGAUCCUUCUGCAUCAGCCUCCCGAGUGCUAGGACUACAUGCAUGUACCACCAUGCCUAACUUCAGACCUCCCUCUAAUCAUGUGUCUGAAAGCAUGCAUGCGUGGGUGCUGAGAAGUUAAUGUGGAGGGGCAUUUCCACUUCACCUUCACUUUUUGAGAUGGGAUGCCUUACUGACCUGAAGUUCAUCCACUCAGAAUGAAAGCCAGUCAGCUUCAGCUCUUCUGCCUUUGCCCCUCACCCCUGAAAAAUGUAUGCCUGCUCCAAGUUCGUCUCUACCCGCUCCCUGAUCAGGAGCACCUCUCAGCUGCUGAGCCGUCCGCUCUCUGCAGUGGAGUUAAAGCGACCACAGAUGCCCACAGAUGAGGGCCUCAGCUGCUUGGCAGUCCGGCGGCCUCUGACCUCGCUUAUCCCUAGCCGCAGCUUCCAAACCAGCGCCAUUUCAAGGGACAUUGACACAGCUGCCAAGUUCAUUGGAGCUGGGGCUGCUACAGUUGGGGUGGCCGGUUCUGGAGCAGGAAUUGGGACUGUUUUUGGGAGUCUCAUCAUUGGCUAUGCCAGGAACCCCUCUCUGAAGCAGCAACUCUUCUCCUAUGCGAUUCUGGGCUUCGCCCUCUCUGAGGCCAUGGGGCUCUUUUGCCUAAUGGUGGCCUUCCUCAUCCUCUUCGCCAUGUGAAGCAGCUGUCUCCACGUCCACCUCCCAUGGUUCUUCCGUGUCUCGUCUGCCCUGUGUGUUCCUUUUCCUGUGCCUCCCCAAGAAGUCUGGGGAAAGUGCUUGGCUCAGGGUUUGACAGAGAGAAGACAAAUAAAUACUGUAUUAAUAAGA